AUGUCCGAUGCGCCGCAUCGCCAGAGCAGCACUCCUGCAUCUUCAUUUCUGCCACCCGAGCCGCUGUGUGUGGCGGACAUUCUGUCGGAGCUGCUUCCUUUCCUCCUCGCGGCGCCGCAGCCACGUGACGGAUGCCCACCAAGCAGCUCUGCUCAGGAACCUGCUGAGAGUCCGGUCCUCCUCAUCCCACCAACCGUUGCCAGCGAGCAUCGUGUGCAGGUUUCGAUUCGUGGUCGGCGAUACGAGACGGCGCUGGAGGUGGCCCUCACGUACUCCCUCUUCUUCUUCGUGUUCUUUCACUGGCCCUUCAGUGAGGAGGACGAAAGCAGUGAUGCAGCAGGGUGCGCGAGUGACGUCGCCCACGUGAAGCGGGCGCCGCGAAGUGUCGGUGAUGCCGUUAUGGCGGCCGCCUCUGCGCGAGACUUGCCGAAGGAGGCCCACCUGCUGCGCCACUACACCCGCGUUGUGGAACCCGUGCUUCGCGUCUUCCUUGACCACUGGGCCGCACCGCUGGACGCCGCUGCAGCGGCACAAGGCGAGGGCGAAAGUGCUGCACGUGCAGAGACGGCGGAGGCGGGUGAUGCGGCACGGCUGCCGCUUCUUCCGCCGCUGCCGCAUCCCGUCCGCAUCGCCUACGACGCCUCCACGCGUGUGUGGAAGUUUGAGUUUGCCGCGCGGCUCACGGCGGGGGCAGCGGCGGAGGCGCGCUCUGGACGCCAGUGUGAUGAUAGCAGCGCAGCUGUGUCAUUGGCCGCCGCCGAUGGGUGCGCCGCCGUAGCGACCGACAAGCUCAACAACAGUCCCUUUCUCCUGCUCCAGAGUGAGUACAUGGGACUGCUGCUGGUGUUCCUGCGCCGGUGUGCCAAGGUACGCGCGGAGAGGCGGGCUGCAGGUGAAGGUGCUGCGGCCUGCGCCCUGGCACCGUACCCCUCCCUGCCCAUCCGCUGGGAGGAAAUGAACUACGACGAGCAGCUAUCUGUUGUCCAGCUUAUUCGGCGCUUCGGCGUGGUAUCGCUGGCGCGCACGUACACGCGUCCGACGGCACCCGAGACCACGUCGCUGUACAUUGGUGAGGAAGCGGCGGCGGCGACGGCCCGGGUAAAGGUGGAGGGGGACGCCUGCUCGCUGCGCGCGCGCGCCUCAGAGUCCAUGGGCAAGCAGCAACAGAAAAUACAGCAGGCGGCGAGUGUCGCUGUCGACACCGCCGAAGUGGUCAAGAAGGAGCGGUGCAUCAACGAGGAUGACUUUGAUGGACUCGUGCUAUCCGCGAAGGGAUGCGCGCGAUGUGGCAUGGCUGAGCACUCCACGGAGGAGUGCCACUUCUAA